UCGGGGCGCCCCUGCCAAGCGACGGCGCGCGAGAGCCAUGGCGUCGACCCCGGCGGGGGCCUCGGGACCCGGCGCUGUAGGGAAGCUGGUCGCCACCAUCUCCCAGUGGGCGGACGACAACCUCGGCCUCAUUCGGAACAUCAGCACUGGAAUGGCAGUCGCUGGAAUCAUUUUAUUUGCAAAAAGUAUUAAAUUGACCUCCAAAUUUACCCAUCCUUCUGAUAUACCAGUAGAAUUUGUAAAAAAGAAUGUAAAGUUAAGAGGACAACUACGCCAAGUGACUGAGAAGGGUUUGGAAAUCGAACAUGUUCCCAUUAUGAUGCCUUUGAUUUCUUUACGGCCAAAGCAGAGUCAUGAUGUUUUGCUGAUUAAACUAGCAGGAGUGGAACUGACAGAAAAUGGUAAGAUCUGGUUAAAGAAGAACUUAAGGCCUUCACAAAUGGUGUGGUUCCAGCUUCUUGGAAGGGAGCAUUCAACACUCAUUUGUCAUCUUUUCCUGGCUAAGGGUAUGUUUUUUAAUGUGAAUCUGAGCGAAGAGAUUUUGAGAAGAGGACUUGGAAAAACAGUGCUUGUAGAAGGCCUUCAUCACGAAUCCAAGUUAUACUGGAAACUUCACAAAAGAUUAUUUCAAGCAGAAUUGAAAGCGUUGAAGAAAGGAGAAGGCGUAUGGCGAGACGAGUCAGAAAAAGGAAGUUACAUGGAAAAAAUUAAAAAGGUUAAAGGAUUUUGGAAAGACACCUCAAUAAAAGACAGCUUUAUGGAACGUUUAAAAUAUCGGUACCAAAAUUUUAUACAACAAGUGGAUAAUAGCACAUUUGUACUGAAGGUCAAGGAAUUUACAAGCAGAUUAACACUUGGAAGAAAAAAGGCAGAUGAUUGAAGAAUUCUGGAGAAAGGCCAGUUAGAAGCGGUAUCAAAUUGUUUUGAGAAGCUCCUGCAUGAUCAGAUACUUUAAAGUGUUUGGAGGAAAAUAUAGGACUAUGGAUAAAUAUAAAAUUGGAUCCAAAUUAAUGCAAGCAUUCCUUAGUGACUGUGCUUUUGUGGUGUUUCCAGGAAGGUAGAAGACAAUAAAUAGGCGUAGGCUUACAGUGUUUACAUGUAAACGAAAGGAACAAAAGAAAAUGAAAGAGCUUAUCUUUCUCCAGUUCUCUUUUUUGGCAGUUGUAUUAAACCACUGUGUUCACUUCGCAUUUGA